AUGGGUCAGUCGGGGUUUCACCCUGGCUGGUCCCGGGCCCGCUGCCAGGACAGCGGUACUGACCAAGACAGAGAAAGGCAAUGGGCUGAGCUGUUCGACCAGCUGGACCUUAACAAGGAUGGACGGAUCGACAUACACGAACUGCGAACAGGGCUCGCCUCUCGUGGACUUCUGCCACGCACUGCGGUGGAAGAGAUUGUCAGAGCGGGGGACACGAACAAGGAUGGGCAGCUGGACUUCGAGGAGUUCACGCAGUACCUGCGCUCGCACGAGAAACGACUCAGACUCAUGUUCCGCAGCCUGGACCGCAACAACGACGGUCAAAUAGACGUUGGAGAGAUUCAGCAUUCUUUACACACUGUGGGAGUCGAUGUUACACUGGAGGAGGCAGCCAAGAUACUGCAGAGUAUGGACAGGGACGGUACCAUGACGAUUGAUUGGUUGGAGUGGAGAGAUCACUUCCUCUUCAACCCUCUGCACAACAUGGAGGACAUUGCACAGUACUGGAAACACUCAGUGAUGUUGGAUAUUGGAGAAAACUUAACGGUGCCAGACGAGUUCUCGGAGAAGGAGAAGAAAUCUGGGUUUGUGUGGCGUCAGCUGAUGGCUGGAGCCAUGGCAGGAUCAGUGUCCAGAACCGGUACCGCUCCACUGGACCGACUAAAGGUCUUCCUACAGGUCCACGGUCAGAGCUCUGAUAAGGGGAAUGUGUGGAGGGGGCUGAGGGCCAUGGUAAAAGAGGGGGGCUUAGGCUCUCUGUGGAGGGGCAAUGGAAUCAACGUCCUGAAAAUCGCCCCCGAAACUGCCAUCAAAUUCCUCGCCUACGAACAGAUAAAGAGACUGAUGAAGGGCAAUAGAGAGGGAGGGACUCUGAAGGUGCAGGAGAGAUUCAUUGCCGGAUCUCUCGCUGGAGCCACUGCACAGACAAUCAUAUAUCCUAUGGAGGUGCUGAAGACGCGUUUGACUCUGAGAAAGACGGGGCAGUACUCCAGCGUGUUCGACUGCGCCCGUCAGAUCUUACAGAAAGAGGGCGUGAGGGCCUUUUAUAAAGGCUACGUGCCCAACAUCCUGGGCAUCAUACCUUACGCUGGCAUCGACCUGGCUGUCUACGAGACACUGAAGAAUGCAUGGUUGCAGAGACACACAGACGGUUCUGCUGACCCGGGGGUUCUGGUUCUGGUGGGCUGUGGAACUGUUUCCAGCACCUGCGGCCAACUGGCCAGCUAUCCCCUUGCACUCAUCCGCACACGCAUGCAGGCUCAGGCCUCGAUGAAGGGUGCGCCCCAGGUCUCCAUGAUGACCCUGUUCAGGAACAUCGUCUCUCAGGAGGGCGUGGUCGGCCUGUACCGCGGCAUCGCGCCCAACUUCCUAAAAGUCAUCCCUGCUGUCAGCAUCUCCUACGUGGUCUACGAACACAUGAGGAAAGUACUGGGAGUGGGAAUGUGA